AUGGUUGGCAACCCUCGAUGGUCGUCCGAAGAUGGUGAAGCUGAUGUCGCCCAUGGGGGGAGUGUUGACGGUGUUGACGAUGUUGAUGAGGCCGAGUGGAGCGGAAUGUUGUCAUUGUCGCCCGUGUAUACGACGGAUAUGCGAUGGCGUCGAUUUACAACGACGUUAGUAGAGCAAUUGUACGCCUCUAAGGUUCGGCCGGAAACUCGGCAGUCUGCGUACACGGACGACAGACUCCAGAACAUCCGAGUCGGAUGGCGCACAAACGACCGGACUCGUACGCAAACACUAUGCCGAGUUCACUAUGGCGUGUAA